UAAAAACAAUUUAAAUGAAAGCUCGUUUUUUAUGUUCAAACUAAGGAAAUAAUAAAAGGCAUUCGUUGUUUUCACGAUAAUGCUGCUGGAGCAUUUCGUGUGAGGGCGUAGCAAUCUUUAUUCUGAAACUGCUAUUUUAUUCUGAAAAUGCCAUCCGGCGGUCGCGCUUUUAUUUUACCGAGCUUCACACACUCUCCGUCUCUCAGAGCUCGGUCGGCUCGCAGAGACAGCAGGAUGCCAAGGGGAGCCCUCCGACCCACGGCGUCCGUUUCACCGUCUCCCGGCGUCGCCUCUCGGCCACAGACACUCUAAUGGGCGUUUUUAUCUUCCUUUUACCGUCCUCGACGCCUGGAUAUUUUCGGAAGCCACGAAAUGAAGCGAAUGAAUGUGAGCAACAAGAAGUGUGUCCUGUCUCCAGCAUCACCAGUAGUGAAGUCCCCUCUCUCUCUCUCUCUCUCUCUCUCUGUGGAUGCGGUGCCUCUGUGAUUUUUCUGCGUUCAGAUGAUUUCAUGUAGUGUUCUGUAGUGGACUACCCAACUUCCCCACCGCUUUUUGUUGUCUUUUUUGAGGUUUUCCGUCUUUGAAACAAAAGGUUUCAGGAUAGACCAACUCCGGAAAACCAGCGACUUGACAUCUGCUCCUGGCGGAAUAACCCAUCAGUCUUUGCGGUUAUUCGCCUCUACAAGCAUCUUCUCCGGGGUGGGAAUACGACUGAUGCUUGCCUUGCUCGUCUAUUCCGACCACGCUGGAAGUCGCCCACCAUGUGGCCGUCGGGAGUGGGGAGCAGGCAGCCCUGCCCGCGGGAGUCGGCGCUGCGCAAGGCGGCCAUCAGCGGCAACAUCAACGCCCUGCCGCACCACGUCCCCACCGGCCGCAGCGUCCGGGUCUUCAUAUGUGCCAACCCCGACGACACGGAGGCGGAGAGGAACGCGCUGAAAGAGCACGUCUACCCCAAACUACGAGACUUCUGCAGGGAGAACUAUGGGAUUGAAUUUCAGGUGGUGGACCUGUACUGGGGCGCGGACCCAGAGGAGUGGGACAGUCCGGAGCUGCAGCGACUCAGGAUGAAACUCCUGGAGGAAUGUCUUAAGACCUCAGCGGGACCAUGUUUUGUUGGUCUGGUGGGAGAAAAGUACGGCAGCAUCCGAGUGCCGGGGGAGGUGGAAUCAGCGGAGUUCGAGAUGAUCUUGGAUGCAGCGGUGGAGGCGGGGCUGGACACACACAUCUUGGAAGAGUGGUACUGCAGGGAUGAAAACUCUGUGCCACCCGCAUACUACCUCAAACCCAAAGCCCAAAUGCUUAAGAACUACCAGAACUCUAUGGAGUCAAGCAGCGCAGCCAAGACCAAGAAUGACAAAGCCUGGAGGAACGUGUCGGAGGAGAUCAAGAGGAUCUUCCGAACGGCGGUGCUGCAGCUUCAGGAGAAGGGGACCAUGAAGAGCGCUCAGGCCAACAAAUUCCUUUGCUCUGCCUUGGAGGAUGAAUUAGACUUUGCCCUUGGGAAACAAACUCCUGCCUUUCUCAGGAAAUGUGUCUGCUACAUUCGCAAGAUCGCCAACUUCGACCGCUUCGCCAAAAUCCCUGACAUGACCCGCUACAUGGACAUCGUGGUCAGCGGCGAUCGCGUCAUGCGCAACCAGGAAUCCUACGAACGCCUUCUGAAGAUACGGGACGAGUUCAUCCCCACAGUCGUCGCUGCCUCCAACCUCCGCGUCUACUCUUCGGUCACCCACUGCGACAUGAAGUUGGGCUACUCCCAAGAAGUGGAGAGCAACUAUGUGGAGGGUCUGUGUAAACAGUUCUACGAGGACAUGGUGGAUAUCAUUCAAGCCACCGUCCAGCAGAACUUGGGCACGGAGACGGACCCGCUGUACGACGAGAUCCUGCAGCACCUGUCGCUCUGUAAAAGCUACGCUGAACUCUACCAGUUCAAGACCGAGUCGUUGGAUUACAUACAAGAGUACCUUCUGCCCUCCAAGGGGAGCAGAAUGAGCCCUCUGGUGGUGUACGGGGGACCUUGCACUGGGAAGACACUGCUGCUAUCCGAGGUGGCCAAACAGGCCUACACAUGGCUGCAGCAAGAGAUGGGCCCUGAAACCGACCCAGUUGUUAUUGUCCGUUUUAUUGGCUCCAGCCUGCUCUCCACAGACCUACGCACUCUCCUCCAGAGCAUUUGUGAACAGAUUGCAAUAAACUACCGCUGCCUGAUUCACUUUUUGCCUAACAAGAUCCAGGAGAUGAAGGAGCUUCUGAUCAACCUUCUAGGGGAAUCUUCAUUCCACCGGCCUUUGGUCAUUGUCCUGGAUGCCCUGGAGCAGCUCACCGAUGCGGACGAAGUUCGCAAGCUGUGGUGGCUCCCCAUACAUCUGCCUCGGACAGUCCGCAUUGUAGUCUCAACGUUGCCCAAUAAACACGGCAUCCUGCAGAAACUUCGACAGCUCAUCCAUGAUGAGGGGUAUUAUGUGGAAUUAAUCCAGAGGGACCGCAAGGUCUGCAGCCAAACAUUAAAACAGCAGUUGCUUGGGGUGAAGAGAAAGGUCACCUCAGGCCAACAGAUCUAUGUCAAUGAGGCACUUGCCAAGUGUACAUUGCCAAUGUUUGUCAACCUCAUCUACAGAGAAGUAGUUCAUUGGAGGUCUCACAAAGAUGUGGACGACAGGUCCCUGUGCUCCACAGUGCACGAAAGCAUAGAACAGCUCUUCUACUCAGUGGAGAACAAGUUGGGACAACGAUUUGUCUUCCGAGCAUUAGGGUACAUCACCAUGGCCAAGGCUGGGCUAACUGAGGUCGAGCUGGAAGACAUUCUGUCGCUUGAUAAUAUAGUUCUUGGUGAUGUCAUUGUGGCAACUUACCUCAAAAACCCCUUGAGGAUCUCUUAUGAUUUGGUUGCAAGGCUUAAAGAGGAGCUGGAUGGUUAUCUGGUGGAACGUCAGGUACGUAACGUCACCUUGAUGGUUUGGGCCAACAGACACCUGCAUCUCAUUGCCCAGAAGUUGUAUCUCAGCAACGAGGAGGACGUCCAUCAAAUGCACAGCCUUCUAGCUGAGUACUUCCUGGGGGCAUGGUCAGGAGGCAGGAAGAAGAUCUUCACUUACGAUAACAACCAUUUCACUUCCCUGAAUAUAUCUCAUCACAAAAACCCCCAUCAGUCCCAUGAAAAAACGUCCUCUGACAAGUACUCCUAUGACAGACAGACUCCAGAGCAGCCUUGGGUGUUCCAGUGCAAUCUUUUGGAGCCGGACAUUUUCUUUGUCAACCAUAGGAAGAUGACAGAGCUGGUGUACCACCUUACCAGGAGUGGGCGCACUGAUGACCUCAUGUUUGGUGUUAUCAUGAACUUCAGCUGGCUGUACACAAUGAUCAAGAUUGGCCAGUUUGAAAAGGCUGUAACAGACAUUGACCUAGCUUACAGCUACACCCAAGAGAAAGAACUGAAGUUCCUGGCCACCACUCUCCGUAGCAUCAAAGUAAAAGUGCUGAAAAACCCAGCGUCACUGUCUGCAGAACUGCAGCAAAGGCUUCUGCCGGUUGUCACCUCCCUCCCCAAGCUCAGACACCUCCUUCUGGAGUGUGACAAAGAUGGCCCGAAGUACUGCUCCAUUGUGCCUCUCCACUCCUCUAUGGAUGUCACCUACAGUCCAGAGAGGCUUCCUCUGUGCUCUAGCUACAUGCAGAUUGUGGAGAUCGUGCCCACUCUAGCCCCAAACAUAGUCCUUGUAGCCCUCGAAGAUGGGUCUGUCAGCACCUGGGAUGUCGAGAGUAGACAACUUCAAAGACAGAUCGACACAGCCAAAUCCGUUGUGCUUGGAAUCAGGCUAACCACUGAUGAAAAGUAUCUGGUCGUGGCCACAACCAAAAACACGUUGCUCAUCUAUGAUAAUCACAAGUCCUGCCUUUUAUCCGAGGUUGAAAUCAAGGGGUCCAAGCAAGGCGGUGUCACUGGUGGGGUGGCCUUUAUCAAUGGUUUUACUUUGUCCACCCACCAUGCUUUGGCUUGGCUUGAGGCUAGUAAAGAAGUCAACGUUAUUGACCUACUCUACGGUUGGCCUCUCUACCAGUUUCAUUGCUGGUAUGAGGUGACUUGUGUCCAGUGCUCUCCAGAUGGAAUGUACGCCUUCUGUGGCCAGUACCUCAACACUGCAUCCAUCUUUCAUCUGGGAAAUGGGGACAAGUUGGCCACUGUGACCUCUGAGUUUUCUGGGGGAUUCGUAAAGUCCAUUCUAAUUCUGGACACCCUUAGCCAAAUGGUGAUGGUUGACAAUGAAGGCAGUUUGUCAGUAUGGAACACCAAAGAGAUCACCAAUCCACGUCUGAUGGAGGAUUACGAUUGUAGAGGGGAUGACAGUGAAGUGGUGGGCAUUGAGUUAUCUGAAGACCAGCGCUCCAUUCUCAUUUGCAAGGCCAGAAGUAUCGAGGUUCUGGACACAAAAGUAUGGAAAAUGGUAGAGAAGUUCAAAGCCAAACGCACUGAACGCUUUGUGGCUGCUGUUCUCUCCAAGAAUGGACAAAGCAUUGUGGCCUCCAUGGAGAACACCUCCUCCAUCUUUGUCUGGAGGAGGGACAGUGGACAGUGCAUGGCUAGCCUGAUUGAGAUCUCAGGGGCUAUCGUCAAACUCAUUAAAUCAACCCACCACAACCUGCUCCUUUCUGUUGCCAGCAGUGGUGUGCUGUCUGUUUGGGACAUUGAUAUCAUCACCGCCAUGUCUAAUAUUGACAAAACAGGCAAGAAGAUCCAGACCUUGCAGCUGUCCGGCAGAGAGGAUUAUGUGUUUACCAUGGACGGUUCGGAAGCUGUCCACAAGUGGAACUUCGGCACUGGCUUUAUUGAAACAGUCUUUAAGCACGAGGGCAUAGUGGAGAACUGUGUCUUAACCUCCUCAGGGGAUCUCAUGGUGACAUCAGAUGACAAGUCCAGUCAGUACAUCUGGCAAACCACCACUGGAGAAAACAUCUUUCGCAUCAAUGGACAGAAAAUAUCACAGCUGCUAAUCACCCACAAUGACCAAUUUGUGGUGUCUCUCUGCGAGCAGAACGCCUCCAGAGUCUGGAGGCUCGGGACUGGGCACAAAGUGUGCAACAUUUUGGUCACCCUCCAGAAUGCACUGAUCACCACAGCAAAUACUUUCCUUGUGGGAAGCUCCAAAAACAAGCUCCUCGCUGUCAGCCUGUGGUCAGGCAGCGUAUCCAAGAAGUUUGUCUGUGACGAUGGCAUUACUAUUGUCAACUUCAAGCUCAUUCCUGACUGCCCUGACUGUGUGGUGUUCAUCACAUCCACAGAGACCGUCUUCAUCUGGAAUGUGGCAGAUGAGUCAGUUUGCAGGCGAGUCCAGCUGCCAACCAAUUUCCUCAAAAAUCUCGAGGACUUCCAGAUCUCGCCCAAUGGGAAAGUAGGAAUUGUGUCCAAAGGUGAUGAGAAUAUUAAUGUCCUGGAUCUUCAUAGCGGGAAGCUGAGGCUUGUCCAUGCUGCUGGUAUAAUUUGGCGUCAGAAAUUAUCGAGAGAUGGACGUUAUCUAGUGUAUGUCUGUUUCCGGAGCUGCGAUGAAGACGAUGAGGCCGGUGUUGUGUCCAAUCUGAUCGUGAUGCGCCUUGCUGAUGGCAAGAGCAUCGGCACAUGCUCCCUGUACAAGACGCCCACUUUCCUGUCUCUCUCUCAGCGAGCACUAAACAUCAUCAUUGGCUUCGAGGACGGCAGCAUCGGCACAUACACAGUAGUGGAUCGUGUGGAUGCUGCCCUCAAGAUAAAGAUAGCCACCUCCAACAGCCGACAGAUUGUCAACAAUGCCUCGCAAAAGGUGCGGCCCAAAUGUGGCAACCAUUCCUUUAAGACCGUUGCCGACUGCACUUGGAGGGAGUCAACCGAGGUCUUCUCCAGGGACAGCCCUAUCAACGUGUCUGACUCUGGUGAGGGCGAGUCGACCACGCCUACAAAAAAGACUGAAUUGCUGCAGUGAUAGGUGGAGAUCAGAGUAGCAGGUGGAGUUAGGACAGGCGGGUGGAGAGAGGUGACAAAGUUUUGAAUCUCUGGGGUUGCAGUUGAUUCUUGUUUACAGCCACGUGAUUCAGCUGCAGAUGUCAGCCCUCUGGGUAGUUAAUGGGCCGACCGUUUAAACGCUGCACUCAAAUUAUGUAUUACUUACUUCCAACUUAUGAUACAGUUUCUCUUUGUUUUACACACGAAGACUGUUAGAAAAAUACUGUUUUUGAAAAGAAGAGAAAUGUAAAUUCUGUGAGUAUUAGUUUGCCAUUAUGUGUCCUUUUGCAUUUGAAGAACAAAGAUUAUUAUUCAAAUGUCUUGGUCAAACAUUUUCAAAGCCAUUCCAGUGAUCUUAGCCACUUUCAUUGUACACUAUCUUUAUUUACAUUGUGCACAUUAAGCCAUAAUGUCUAAGAGUAGAUUUACGUUUGUAUCAACAUCAGUCGGUACUGUAGAAAAAAGGAAGAACUAUGAACAUAUGUACAUAUCCCUUUAUGGCUGCUGCAAUUUGUGCAACUCCUUAAAAAUGUUAUGUUGUGCUUAAUGCAAUCAAAGUGAGUGCCUGGAAUUUAAAUGUUCUUUAUGUGCAGAUUACAAGAUUUAUGAAAAUGCAGGGAAUUUGUAAACACAGUACACACACACAGUUACACAACACUUGCAUUGAUGUUAAAUCUAAACGAUCAGUGUACCGAAAUCCAGUCAACAACACGAGAGAUCGAUGGCAUUGCUCUUCGCAGUGACAGUUGUAGAAAUUUCUUGGAACAGUUCACGGAAAUUUGGUGUGAAUUUACCUGCAGUUCCAUCCGUCUGUGUGCUGUUUGUUUUAAGGGGAAACACCAGUAUUGAGCAUACAGUGUAGCAUAGCACCAUACACAUUCACGCCUUAACCAGUGUAAUUGCUUUAGGUUUCGUGGAGUUUGUUCAAAUGUGUCAGUAGAAUAAAGGACAGAGUGAUUAGCCCAAUGUUUCACUGAAACACCUUGCUCAUGUGAAUAUAUUUAGAGGUUUAGAGAGUAGAUGGAAGCACUUUAUCAGUGGUUUGUGAGAAAUUAUUAGAUUUAUUUAUAUGAAACAUUGUGUAAAUUGUUUAACGUGAUCUAGAGUUGUCUUAAAAUAGGUACUGGAUAUGCCUUCAAAAAUACACAAGGCCACCCUGGUACUUGCGGUCUACAGUUAACUCACUUGAAAUGCUACAGUCU